GGGAGCGGCUGGGGGCUGGUAAGAGUCUGCAGCAUCCUCUGAGGCUUGGUCCUGGGCCACCCCCGGGACUCCAGGCCUGGCAUGGUUCAGUGGGCCAUGGGAAACUGUGCCAAGAGGCCCCGACACCGGGGGCCAAAGGACCCCUGGCAAUGGCCCAGCUCCUCCCCAGGGGGCUCCCACCACAGCCCCAGCCCCAGCCCCAAGGAACAGGGGGCGCCCAGGCCGGGCGUCCAGGGCUACUCGGUGCUCAGCAGCCUGGUGGGGCCCGCCUGCAUCUUCCUGCGGCCCAGCAUUGCCGCCACCCAACUCGACCGGGAGCUGCGGCCCGAGGAGAUUGAAGAGCUGCAGGUCGCCUUCCAGGAGUUUGACCGAGACCGAGAUGGCUACAUCGGCUGCCGGGAGCUGGGCGCCUGCAUGCGAACCCUGGGUUACAUGCCCACCGAGAUGGAGCUCAUCGAGAUCUCACAGCAGAUCAGUGGCGGGAAGGUGGACUUUGAAGACUUUGUGGAGCUGAUGGGCCCCAAGCUGCUGGCGGAGACGGCAGACAUGAUCGGUGUCAGGGAGCUGCGGGAUGCCUUCCGGGAGUUUGACACCAAUGGGGAUGGCUGCAUCAGCCUGGCCGAGCUGCGGGCAGCCCUCAAGGCCCUGCUAGGGGAGCGCCUCAGCCAGCGGGAGGUGGAUGAGAUCCUGCAGGACAUCGACCUCAACGGGGAUGGCCUGGUUGACUUCGAAGAAUUUGUGCGAAUGAUGUCUCGCUGAGCAUGUACAGAAACUAGUGGCAGCAGACAGGACUUGAGGACAACUACAGCCUCUGCCUGCCAGUAUGUUCCUUGAAGCCAACCACCUCCAUCUGGGACCCUCCUCCCCCUCCCCACUUAUGUGCAAUUCCCUGCCUGCCUUCACCCCCACCACUGCUCCUCCAGUGAAGCCCCUG